UGUAGCGGGAACUGCUUGAUGAACAAGAGCAUCAAAGGAAUUUAAAUUUACAAAUUUAUCAUUCUGAAAAAAAGAUUGAUAUGUUGAAAGUUUUAGAUUCUUGCACAAUGAAACACCAAAGUGCAUUGUCUAAAACUAAAGAUUUGAAAGUAAUGGAGAAAGAGUGUGAGCAGUGGGAAAGAAAGUACAAUGAUCUGUCGGAGAAGCUGGAUAAAACUUUAGAAAAUUUUGUUGCUUUGAAAGAAAGGGCUAAGAAACUUGAUGUUCGAAACUCAAACAAGAAAUUGAAAAGAAGAGAUGAGAAAAUCAGAGAAUUGAAUUGAAUGAUAAGAAUGAGUUGAUAAGGGAGAAAGAAUUAGUUAUAGAACAAAUGAGAGAAGAGAAUGAAAGAAAGGAUGAGCAAGUAGAGAACCUGAAAAAGGAAAAGAGAAAUUUGUUAGUUAAGAUUUGUAGACUGAACAAAAAGCAGAAAGAAAAUUCUGAGUUUGACAAAUUUAUUGCAGAAAAUGAAACAAAAAUUAUGAAUUUUAAACAAGAAAUACUGGCCAAAGAGGAAAAGAUAAUUGAAUUAGAAGAGAUUAACAAUGUUUUGCGGGACUCUGAGAUUACUUGCUUCCAUGAUGGUAAAUAUACCAAUGAGAUACGAGAAACAAUCAUGGCUUUGACAACAGAAUGUGGUGUUAGUUGUAAGAAAGUUAAUCAGGUUAUUUAAACUGUUUUGAAAAAUGUAACAGGUAAGACAUUGUCAAGACUACCAAGUGCUGGUGUCAGGUCAAGGUUGCUUAUUGAAGCAAAACGAAUUGCCCAAUGUCAGGUGGCAGAGGCUAUGAUCAAUUCGUCAAAUAUUGGUGAUCUGACAGGUCAUUGCCUGCAUCAAGAUGGAACAUCUAAGUUCCAUCAGCAUUUUCAGUCUUUCCAAUUGACUACACCAGAUCAUAGGACAUACUCAAUUGGAAUGACUGAAGUUGGUAGUGCUGAUGCAGACACUUUAAUGAAAGCUUUUGAAACUAACAUAUCUGAUCUCUCAAAAUGUUUGAGAAAUGAUGACAAAUGUUUUUCAAAACUUGUCUCCAGCAUCAUAUCCACCAUGUCUGAUCAAGGUGCAACCAACCCAGUUUUCAAUAGACAACUGGAAGAACUACGAGAAAAUCUUCUACCUGAUGUCAUUGAAAAUUGGGAUGAAAUUUCAGAGGUGAACAGACUGGAAAUAGGAAAAGUUUCCUCAUUUUUUUGCAAAAUGCAUGUAUUUGUGAAUAUGGCUAGUGAAGUAGACAAAUGUUUAAAUGUUUUUGAAAAUAAUGUUUGUUUGGGUAGAAAUCCUUAUAGUUUUGAGUGGAAGGAAAGUGGUGCCUCAAGACUGACUAGAACAGUCAGCAAAGCAUUAACAAUGCAUGGCUGUGAAAAGUCAGGGGUGGGAUCCCACUUUUCUACAUACCUAAAAGAUAAAGGUGCAAAAAACAAACUCAUAACAUUUCGAGGUCAUCGGUUUAAUCACCUUUUCUAUGCAGCUGGGGCUACUUACCAUCACCUUGAAGAUAUAAAAGUAUAUCUGGACAGUUGGUCAGAUCCAAAUGAUUUACUAAAGAGCAUUUCUUUUGACAUCAAUGAAAAAGCAUACCUAAGCAGUCUCAGAGCUUUAGGCAUUAUUGACAAGGUCAUAACAGGUCCCUUUUGGAGAAUCAUUGAGAGAACAGCAAAUAACCUGGAUUUAAAUCCUGUGUUACUAAAUUUGAAAUUGAGUUUACAAGAUUUAUCCCAUGAUGCGACACCUCUCUUAGAAGGUCACCCAAUUUUUCCAGAUGAGAAUGUCCAUAAGGAUGAGAUUUAUGAAUCAUUAUUUGAAAACACAAAUGAUCCAGCAUUUGAAAUGUAUACACAAAUGGCUUUAGAGUUAGCUCUGGGUGGCAUGUUGUUGAUACUGGAGAGGCAAGCAAAAGAUCAACUUCCAGGGGGAAUAUUUCAUGAACCAUCUGAAAAUGAUCAAAAAAGAGCCUCUGCUGUACCAACAACAAACACUUGUUCUGAAAGAGAUUUUGCCCAAUUGGAUGUUUUAAUGAGACUUAAGCCAUCAGCAUCAACAACAGCGUAUGAGUCUGUGAUCAUGUGGACAAACAAUAAAACAACCAUUUGGCUAAAUUCUCUCUCAGAUAAACAAAGAAACUCAAUUAUUGAUGAUGCAAGAAAGUCUGCACCUGAAAUGAUGGAGAUGACAAAACAGAGACAAAGGUGUUUGUAUGAAAAGAAACUUGAGAUAUUAAGAACCAAACAGGAGAAAAAAAAUUAUGCAAGAAAAUAA